AUGCCGGAAGACAAACCCCCAGAAAACGAUCUGGCCAACAGGGUCGCACCAGAAGAUAUGACGCAGAGCCUGGAUGCGAAUGCACCUACGGAUAUGGUGGUAUAUGAACACAAGACUGAACCUCAGGAUGAGCCAAACGAUGUCUCACCAGAGGUUACGGCCAAAGAUGCACCUCCAAUCAUACCCCAGGACGUGCCGAAGAAUGUGCAGGUGCACGAUCAACCUAGACCUGACAAGGGCACAUCUCGGGAGAGCGUUUCUCAAGAGCAAGUAUUUGGCAACAACGUACCCUUGGUAGAUGAACCAGUUAGACAAACUGGUAGUAGGGUUCACAUUGAGGAGAACUCACCCAGUAGAUGCUCACGGGGGAAAGAGCCCCGGAGAAAGGGAUCUGACAGGGGAGACACUCACGGAGGAGAGUCUCACAGAAGGGAGUCUCAUAGAACAGACUCGCGCAAAACUGAAACUCACAGAUCAGAGUCUCACAAAAAAGACUCUCAUCGGUCAAGCUCUGACCGAAAGGAUUCACACAAACUAGAAUCACGCAGGUCGGACCCUCACAGGAAGGACUCCCAUGGAAGAGGCUCACACAAGCCAUCAAAGAUGGAGGAGUCUCACAAGAAAAAGAAGAUAGAUGCUACAACCGUGUAUGGACGACCCUCUUUCUUUGCCACCGUAGGCCACUUGGUUGACAGAACUCCUUAUGUGAGGAAUCCGCUUCAAACAAAGAGGAAAGGAAAUUGA